AUGGCAUCCACCGGCAAGAAACACCUCGGCCUCAGCCAGGUCUCCCUCAUCUUCGCUUGCGGAACCGCUUUGUUCUCUGACGGCUAUGCCAACAACAUCAUUGGGAGCGUGAACACUCUCCUCAAGCGCAUCUAUGGCACGAGUGAGGUUGACACCAGAUACAGCAAUACCCUCACCUCGGUCGCCUUCGCAGGCACCGUUGUCGGCAUGCUCGUCUUCGGCUACGUCUCAGACAGGAUAAGCCGGAAGUUUGGUAUGAUGCUCGCGACUGGUAUCGUCGCCCUCUUCUCUGGCCUCUCAGCGGCGUCAAGCGGGGCGCACCACAGCGUGCGGGGCAUGCUCGACAUGCUCUGCGCGAUGCGGUUCCUCAUCGGUAUCGGGGUAGGCGCGGAAUACCCCUGCGGGUCCGUCGCCGCCUCAGAACAGUCGGAAGAACCAGGCAUCAGCAAGAACGCCCAGCACCGGUGGUUUGCGCUUGCGACCAACUCGAUGAUCGACGUCGGCUUCGUCGUCUCUGCGUUUGUUCCCCUCGUGCUCUACUGGAUCUUCGGCGAGCACCACCUCCGCGCCGUAUGGCGUAUCUCCGUCGGUCUCGGUAUGAUCCCCGCCAUUGCGGUCUUCAUCUGGCGGCUGAGGAUGGAGGAACCCACGCGGUUCAAGCGGGACUCGAUGAAGCGCAUCAAGACGCCGUACUUCCUCAUCAUCCGUAGGUACUGGGUUCAGUUCCUCGGCAUCUGCAUUACGUGGUUCAUCUAUGACUUCAUCACAUAUCCAUUCGGUCUGUUCUCGUCGACGGUCGUGGAUAACAUCACGAACAACUCCAGCGCGCUGAGUGUCGUGUUCGGCUGGAACGUCGUCAUUAACUUGUUCUACAUCCCGGGCACGAUCGGCGGCGCAUUCGUCGUUGACUACCUCGGCCCGAAGUACACCCAGAUCACCGGCCUCGUGUGCCAAGCUACCAUCGGCUUCAUCAUGAGCGGCCUCUACGACCAGCUGACGAACCACAUCGCCGCCUUCGCGGUCGUCUACGGGAUCUUCCUCUCCUUCGGCGAGCUCGGGCCGGGCAACUGCCUCGGCAUGCUCGCGGCGAAGACGGGCCCGACCGCGGUGCGCGGCCAGUUCUACGGCGUCGCCGCGGCGGUGGGCAAGAUCGGCGCGUUCAUCGGGACGUGGGUGUUCCAGGACAUCGUGAACGACUUUGGCGGCGACACCAGCAAGCGCGGGAACACGGGCCCGUUCUGGAUCGCGUCGGGCCUCGCGCUCCUCAGCGCGCUCGUCACGUUCUUCCUCAUAAAGCCGCUCUCGCACGACGGCAUGGAGGAGGAGGACCGCGCGUUCCGCUUGUACCUCGAGGCGCACGGCUUCGACACGUCGCUCAUGGGCAUCGAGGACGAGGCGACACCUACCAUCGCGUCGCACGACUCGAAUCUGAAGGAGCCGGAGAGCGUAGACGAAAAGGUCGUGUGA